AUGGCGUCCAAACGCGCACGCAGCCCGGAGCUGGUCGCGAAUCCCUUCAUCAAGAAGAGGAACCUGGCCUGGAGCCUGGACGACUUCCCCGAGCCGACAUCGUCUCGGGGCUCUCCAUCGCCACCUGCAAAGCGGCGACCAUCUCGGGCCGGACCACCGUCCGCUCGUCAGGAAGCUUCACCACAGCAGCAGUCGCAGCCUCCGGGCCCGGCAGCACCGUCCUCCGCCGCGAUCGAGGCGGGCAAAGCCCGCAUCACCAACCACGCCGAGCACUUCGCCUCCCUCCUCUCGUCGCACGCCCUCCGCCACCCCUUCCCCGCGGGCGCACCGCGCCUUUCCGUCCGGGCCUACCGCGCCCUCUUCGAGUCGUCCCUCGGCUCCCCCACGGCCGCCCACUUCGUCAUCCACCAGCACGACCACCCCGUCGCGGGCACCCACUACGACCUGCGCCUGCAGAUCAACGGCAGCUCGAGCGCCUCGUGGGCCGUCAUGUACGGCCCGCCGGGGGCGCCCAACGGCGCGCGGCAGGCGCGCAACGCGACCGAGACGCGCGUGCACUGCCUCUGGAACCACCUCGUCGAGACGGCCUCGCGCGAGACGGGCAGCCUGCUCAUCUGGGACACGGGCACGUACUCGGUCCUGCCGGCCCCGAGGGCGCGGGAGACGAGGUAUCGACGGCAGCGGUGGCCGCGGCGGAGCAGCCUGAGCGACAGGGAAGAGGAGGAGGAGGAGGGCGAGAAGGACGAGAGGACGGAGCAGCAGAAGCUGGCGGCCGCCUUCGCGGCCCGCAAGAUCCGCGUGCGCCUCGACGGCGCGCGCCUGCCGCGGCCGUACGUGCUGUACCUGCGCCUGACCAAGGACGAAGACGCCGCGGGGCGCGCCAAGGCCGCGCGAUCUGCUUCGGCGCCGCGCCGGCGGACGAGGAGGACAAGGACGACGGCACCCGCUCCAGAGGAGACGAGUAGUAGCAGCAGCGGCGGCGAUUCAUCAGGCAAUGAACAAGACCACGACGAAGAUGACGAAGUGGUCGACCCGGGCCAGACCGUCGCCGCCGCCGCCGAGGCCGAGGAGAUUUCUGCCAUGGACAGGGAGCUGCGGGAGCUCGAGGACGCCGAGGUGCGGCGGACAAACGCCUACCCGGGGGCCACCAACUCGAUCGGCAGCGUGCACCAGCGCAAGUGGUACCUGUCGAUGGACCGCGAGGCGUGCGGCUUCGUGAGGCGCCGGCGGCACGGCAGGGUGGUCUGGGAGGAGGAGGAGGCAAAAGCGCAGGAGGACGAUGCAGGGCAGGCAGACCGAGGAGGGGACUCUACUAUUGCAUCGUCGUCGAGGUUGACGUACCCCUUUUUCGUCCGUGGCGUCGAGCAUGAGCGGAGCGUUGUGACCGGACGGCUUGGAGCUGAGAUUUUACGCGAUGAGGGCAUCACCGACUAUGUUGGGAGGAUGGGAUGGCGACCUGUAUUGAGGUAA